GUGUACUCUUCCGCCAUCCCUUCCUCUACGGAUCCGCGCGGUGCAGCUGGAACCGGUGCACGGAUCCACACUCUACGCUGAGUGCUUGUUUAUUGCAACGCUCAAGCCUCACCCUACAAUCCAAUGGAGCCUGAUCAUGCAUGCUACGUCUUUGCUUCUCCUUUCCGUCGCGUUAUAAAAGCCUGGCUCCCUGCUGUUCUUCCAGUGCCUUGCAAGACUCCCCUUCAACAGUGCCGUAUAUGCUGCAGACAUGACAAGCUCACAACGUCCCACACCUCCCCCUAAACCAAUCCGCCUUUCUUCGCGGUUGUCAGUUUCGUCCGCCUCCUCGACCGCGUCACUUCACCCUGAGUGUGAGGCUACUACACUAGAUAUGCCCAGCAAAUCAGACGUGGAUGCUCCCUAUGCUCCGCCGUCUCCUGCCGAAGAUGCUGAAGAUAUCACAAUCCCUGCUGGCAGAGCAGCCCGUGCUUUGUUUGAUUUCAACGGCGACUCAGAGUUCAACGAGCUCAGUUUUACCGCGAACUCCGCCCUGCAAAUCGUUGAAGAGGAUCUCGGCGGUGGAUGGAUGUUGGCAGUACACGUGAUGACUGGCGCGCGAGGUCUCGUCCCGGGCGAAUAUGUUACAUUUACAACCGACUUUGGACAACGACCUCGCACACCAACCCGUGCACACUCUUAUUCAAUCGGACAUGCUAUACCAUCAACGCCUGGAAGCGACACUGAUAGUAUCUACGAAACCUUCCUGUUCCCUUCUCCGUCUUCGUCUAUUGAGGCGCACGAUGAUAUACGCCGUACGGGAGGCUUUCCCACGGGGCAUGAUCGUAUUCGGUCCGACUCUUCAAGCAAAACCAUCACGGGUGGCCAAACCACUCCCGCUCCACCUCUGAGCACGCCUUACUCUACUCUUCGCUCGCAUAUAUUGCAGGGCAUCAAUCUCAACCAUCGGUUCUCGGCUUUCGUCACCACCGGUGUUGAAGGGUUUAUAUCUGCUCCAACUUGUGGCGAGACUUCAUCUGAAGUUACGCUCCCUGCUGAGACCAUUGUUCUGGACGGAGAAACGCAUUAUAUUGAGAAUGGUCCGAGGUGGAAAGCACAGUCACCUGCAUUCAUUGUCAAAGUACAUGACCCGCGAAAACAUGUGGGCGUUGGCGGUCUCCAUUCGUAUGUCGUGUACACCGUAACCUCAACUUUGGCCAACGAUGCAUCUACUGUCGUCAUAGAUGUUGAGCGCAGAUACUCACAGUUCGAAUGGUUGGCUCGUAAGUUGGCAGCAAAGUUUCCGUUGAUAAUUAUGCCUUCUCUUGGCGAGAAGCGAAUUGCGGGAAGGUUCAACGAGGAGUUUCUUGAGACAAGGAGGAGAGCACUGGAAAGGUGGUUAGGCCGCGUUGUGAGGCACCCUAUACUUCGUUACUCGGCAGUUGUUACGUUCUUUCUGGGUUGUGAAAAUGAUCAGGAAUUCAAAUCGCGCGUGCCAGAUUUCGACAAUGACAAGCUCGUUGGUCAAAAGUUUUUCGAGAACGUCUACCAUCCAUCUUUCAAUGUCGAUGGUGAGGGCGAUUCAGAGACACUUGCCGCUUUCUCCUACCAUGCACGCAAUACUGAUCGGUUGAUGCCCUCUCUCCUCGAUUCGAUGCGAGCAAGCCGUGCAAGUGCGGUGGAAUCCGCCUCAAGCCUCCGUCAGUUUGGUUUAAGCGCAAUUGCUGUUGUCACCGCUCAUGGUGCAGAGCCUCACGAACGUAGCAUGAACCUGGAUGGGGCGUGGUGUUGGCGACAGACCUGCACGGAGUGCGUUGCAUGUACAAAGAGGUUGCAAAGCAUGGCUGAUGCCUUGAUUGCCGAAGCGAAUUUGGCGGGGGAGCAGGCUGUCGGGCCCUCCAUGAUCAGCGUUAGUGAGGCAUUCGAAGAAUGGAGGUCUCCGGCACGGGAUAGUGCUUCACUGCUAGCCACACACGCUAGUACUCUGCAGCGACAUACCGAUGUUACCUCUGGUUCUGUAGGCGAAAACGAUCACGAAGAAGAGGAAGAACAGGUGAAGGCUCGAUGCGAUACGGUGUUCAAUGUGAUACUCAGUGAAAUUGAUCGCAUGCACACAGAACGUCAGCAAGACUUUUCUCGCUUGGCUCUGGAAGUUCUCAAUGGGCGAAUCGAAUAUCAUGAACGGGCUUUGGAGAUCCUCAAGGCCGCGAAAGCCAACGUCGAAACUGCCAAUGCUACAUCAAGAGUCAAGCCUAGCAAGUAUGAGCGACUGAUUUCGCAGCCAGUAACUAUCACAGCUACAGACGCAGGCUUACCAAACGGGCCAACGAGUGUAGCUAGCAGUGUUGAGACAGUAAGCGAUGUGGUCAGCGGUGUAUAUAAUAGGAUUUCGGGAUUUUGGACAGGGAGGUCGUCAGGAUAAUUUGUCCCGGAAGAUUGAAGACUGGUGGCCAAGCAUAUAAUCAAACGUUGUGAAUUGAUUGGUGAUGAUUGGAAAAUCUAUAUACCAGG